AGAAGCAAACGAUUUUAAAUGUUAAUACUGCUAUCAUUACCAAUAAAAAAUGCGUGUUUUUAUAAUAAAGAGAUUCUUUUUUUCUUUCUUUAAAGCGUUUUAAUCGAAAUGCACGAAAAACAUUUCAAAUAAGAAACUUUGCGGUAAACAAGUUUUAAGACGGAUUGUUGGUUGACAAAAGAAGAAGAAGAAAGAAGCGUAGUCUUAUUGACACAUAAUCCAUUCUCGAACUUGUUUCGUGCCCGAUUGUUGAUGGAAGCAUCCCCAAGGUGAAGCCGAGCAGCCAAUGAGAGACGCCACCUGGGUCACCCUUUAGGGAGGGAAACAGUCAGGGUCAAAACUCCACCCGUCGCCAUGUUGGGAGGCCGUGGCGAUUAUCUGAAAUUUUUACCGUUCGAUUGAUAAUCUCAUUUUAAUACUCGAUGUUCGAAGUACGCGUUAAGAGAAUCUAUCAAUUCGCAGCCCCAUUCAAUGGGCUGUGAUGGGAACUCGAAUCGACGGCAUCAAUUUUUUCGUUGUCGUCUUUUUCCGUUUGACGUUCUCUUUAUCGACAGUUUCAUCUUCAUGCCAAGUGGAAGUGUGUUCUAGAGAGUAUGCUAGAGCUACUGCUUCAGAACAUAUAACUCGUGGUCCAAGUUAUCAGUAUUGCACAGUACUGAGAAGCUAUUCAGAGUGCAUCAGGGCCACGGCACGUAGUUGCCGUGGUAACCUGGAAUAUCACUCUAUUUUAUCUUUAGUGAUGCAGUGGAGUAAUGAUUUUAAUUGUUCUUAUAUUAUUGCUCAUGGACGACCCGAAUAUCCUCCAUUUUAUAAUGGCCGAGUUAAACCAAGACCUACUUUUGCUACUCAGUGUACAUAUAAAGGACGUUUCCAAAACAACAUUGUUUAUAGUCACUGUGGACUAUUUGGAGAUCCACAUCUUAGGACAUUUCACAAUGAAUUUCAGACAUGUAGAGUAUUAGGAGCAUGGCCUCUUAUUGAUAAUUCCUAUCUUGCUGUUCAAGUAACAAAUAGUGCUGUUGUUAAAGAUGGUGCUGCUACUGCAACAAGCAAGGUAACCAUCAUCAUUAGAGAGCAUUCUCCUUGUACUCCUGAGAAAACAUAUGUAGCUCAGACUGACUUCCUGCCCAGUGUAUUUGUUGAUGGUACAAAAAGCAGUGGGCCAGAUAAAAAUGUCAGAAUUAAAGAAGAAGUACCAGGACGUCAUGUGGAAAUAUACAUAAGACAUAUAUCUACUCGAAUAGUUUUGCAUCAGAUAGGACAUUAUCUUACUUUUGCUAUUCGUAUUCCUCAAGAAGUUGCCAUCCAGAAUGGAAGAAGUGAUUCCUUCGAAUUGUGUGCUAAAGGAUGUCCAAAACAAGAAAGAAUAGAUUACAGUCGUCUGUUUUCUCUUCCUAACCAGUGGAUUCCAAUAGUGACAAAAAACGGUAAAGCCACAAUAACCGUCCAACAGGCAGCCAAAAUGUGUAGAGAGUUUAAUGUAACAGACUUUUAUUUUGAUGCCUGUAUUUUUGAUUUGUUAACAACUGGUGACAGCAGUUUCAGUCAGGCAGCAAGACAGGCCAUGAAGGAUGUGAUUGCACUGUAUCCUUCCUCUGUUGGUAUGCCUAAUAAUCAAUCUUUCUUCCUGUCUGGAAGAAUAAAUCUCGACGAGAGAGGCAUACUAAUAAAUAAAUCCAGCCAAACAGCAUUUAGCAUUAUCUUAACAGCCAUUUUAAUCUUGCUGUUUCUAUGCUUGAACAAUUAAUGACACAGUGUAUUCUUUUAAGCUGUAUAUACGGUAUAACUAUAUUAGAUAUUUGUCACACAGAGCAUUAAAUAGGGGAAAAAAUCUUUCCAAAUGGGUUGUAUAUAGUCAAAAGCAGUUGGCAUUAAUCAAAAUGCUAUUUUGAAUGUAAGUGAUAUUUUGAUCUCUUUCCAUCUAUUAUAAUUCCAGUUUUAUAAGUGCAUCAAAGCCAACAAUAAAAAAAAGUAAGUAGAGAAGUCAAGUACAAACUGUAAUAAUCAUUAGCAUGUAUUUAUAUGAUUUCAUUGUAAAUAAACUAGUUUUAUUUGUAGAA